AAGCAAACUCGCAGACAGAGGAAACUUCACAAGCAAGUCCUGUAACACACGGUCCUCUAAAAGGAGCUUCGUGUCUUCAGUCCCAGCUGCAACAUACUCGAUAACCCCCUCGCAGCUUCGUGUCUUCAGUCCCAGCUGCAACAUACUCGGGUGAAAGCGCCCUGACUCGAUGUCUUGAAGUCCCAGCCCAAGACGCAUUCCUUUAAAGUAUACACCAAUGGAGUAUGAGAUAAAUGCCAUUUUCCACCAUGUUGAUGCCAGUCACAAACAAGCCUGUAGUGACCUUGAGAAGGCCAGCCAAUUCAUCACAGAAGCAUUGAAGAUAAAUGCCAUUUUCCACCAUGUUGAUGCCAGUCACAAACAAGCCUGUAGUGACCUUGAGAAGGCCAGCCAAUUCAUCACAGAAGCAUUGAAGAGUGAGAUCCAGAGGAACACAACUCUGUGCAGGUUAAUCCAUCGUCUGGAAGAGAGGGCAGCUGAGAAUGGAAGGAGCCAAUCAGAGCAGGUGGAGUCAAACCGGCAGCUGAAGCUCCAGGUGGAUGAACUACAGAAACAACUGGAGGAGAAAGACGACUCACUAACACAAGCCAAACAGAGUAUUGCAAUCCUGACGAAUGAACUGACAAACCUGCAACAGCAGCUGCAGAGCCACCAGAGUAGUUGCAGGACAACACAGGAAGUGACUGAUGGACUGCAGGAAGGAGAGAGCCAGGCCGAUGUGGUGAAAGAGGAGGACGGUCCACUGCAGAAUGUAGACAUCUGCAUUAAAGAGGAAGAAGAGGACGCAGCUGUUGCUGAUGGAUACCAGUGUACUCAAUCUGAUGAAACUGACUCUGCCCCAGAACAGAUCACCUCCUCAUCUGCAGACAUUAAAGCUGAACCAGUACAGGAAGAAGAUGAAAAAUCAGAUGUGGCUCCAGUCGUCAGUUCAGACACAGCUCCAGUCGUCAGUUCAGACGUGGCUCCAGUCGUCAGUUCAGACGUGGCUCCAGUGGUCAGCUCAGACCUGGCUCCAGUCGUCAGCUCAGACCUGGCUCCAGUCGUCAGUUCUGCUAUGAGCCAGUUCCCUCCAGAUCCACUGUCCUUGGUUAAGUGCAGGAGGUUAUCAGUGCAAGUGGUUGAUUGCUGUGCAACACAAGGUCUCCAAAAAAAUAAAGACCACAAGAAUAACACGGAUGGAGAAAACCCCAAAACUGGAACAGGAGGAGAAUCCCAACCUGCUUUGUCAGCUGCCCUCCCAGAGACCACAUUGAACAAGCAUCUCUGUUCUGGUGUUGACAAGAGCUUCAGUAACAUGACAACUCUAAAAGCACACCAGCAAAUCCAUCAAGGGAAACCACCUCAUUUUUCUGUCAUCGCAAAACCUUCUGCUACAAAGAGGAGUUUGAAGAAGCGCCAGCGCAUGGAAGAUGGAGGCGACCCCAAUCAGUGCAGACAGUGUGGGAAAGGUUUUAGUACAUCAACACAACUUAAACGACAUCAGCUUACACAUACAGCAGAGAAACCCCAUCAAUGCAAACAGUGUGGGAAAUGUUUUUCACGGGCAGAUACUCUCAAACUGCACCAGCUCAUUCACACCGGACAGAAGCCCCAUCAAUGUGGACAGUGUGGGAAAUGUUUUUCAUCAGCAGAUUAUCUCAAACGACACCAGCUCACACACACCGGACGGAGACCCCAUCAAUGUGAAGAAUGCGGCAAAUGUUUUAUCCAGACGGUGCACCUCAAAGCACACCAGCUCAUUCACUCUGGAGAGAGGCCAUACAGCUGUGAACAGUGUGGUAAAUGUUUUACACAGGCAGGGAGCCUCGGACUACACCAGCUCACUCACACCGGACAGAAACCCCAUAGCUGUGAACAGUGUGGUAAAUGUUUUACCCAGUUGGGGAACCUCAAAGUACACCAGCGUAUUCACUCUGGAGAGAAGCCAUACAGCUGUGGCCAGUGUGGUAAAUGUUUUACAGAAUCAGGGAGUCUCAAAAAACACCAGCUCAUUCACAUCGGACAGAAAGGCCAUCAAUGUGGACAGUGCGGGAAAAGGUUUACACUCGCGUGGAGCCUCAAAGCACACCAGCUCACUCACACAGGAGAGAGGCCAUACAGCUGUGAACAGUGUGGUAAAUGUUUCACCCAGGCAGGGAGUCUCAAAGUACACCAGCGUAUUCACUCUGGAGAGAAGCCAUACAGCUGUGGACAGUGUGGUAAAUGUUUUACAGGAUCAGGGAGUCUCAAAGUACACCAGCUCAUUCACUCUGGAGAGAAACCCCAUCAGUGCAAACACUGUGAGAGGAGUUUUCGGAGCCCAGAAGCACUUAGACGACACCAGCUUACACAUACAUGAGAGAAACCCUACCACUGCACAUACAUGAGUGAAACCCUACCACUGCACAUACAUGAGAGAAACCCCCCCGUCAGUGCAAACAGCAUACGAGCUCUGCUCCCAGACUCACUCCAACGGCAACAUCUUAAGUAUACAAGACCGUAAGCCCAUCGAUGUGAACAAUAGCAAUAGCUCCCUUCG